CACAUCAUCUUCUUGAGUACACAAGGCACAUGAAAACGACCAGACCAGACUUAACAGAAUCAAACUGAUUUACAAAGUAAUGGCCAACAACCUUAUCACUCUGCUGUUUCUUCUGUGCAACCUGACUGCAGCCCUCGCAGACAGCAAUGUGUCUUGCUACAGAAUCGAGCCAGGGACAAUAGCAGGCAUCAUUUCUGCAGAUUUGUUGCUGACUCUUAUUAUUGUAGUUGUCACCUAUCGAUGUGCCAGCUUACGGCGUGAGAAAAUAGACAAAGCUGACAAGGUUUAUAUGAAUGUUCGGGCCAACGUCAAGAACUUAAAAUAAUUUUUUUUUAUUUAUCAUUAGCCUAAGGUGGUUGCUCUCUGUACUACCUUUGCAAUAUUGCUAUUUUUAAAGUACCUUUCAUAAUUUAUACUCCUGGUAAAGAUGUGUAAACCCCUGUAAAAGCAGAUCAAAAGUUGUUGCUCUAUUAAAAUCUUACGUGGAAAAUAUUGCUGCCGUUUUCCAUCAAUGAGCCUUACAUCCUCCUCCGUGUAUGUGUUGGCAGGAAAUACUCGUCAAGCCUUGUUUGUCACUCUUCUAGUUGUUGUAAACAUUUUUAUAACUAUAAUUUCAAAGAUAUGGGCAAGGUCUGGUGAGCAGCUAUUUACAUCUGGCAUAUUUGAAUGUCAUGUGCUCUUAUCUUUCCCAUUUUGAAGAGCAGUGAAGAGAAAUUAUCUUUAGUGUCACAUCAUAUCUGUGCCCCAAGAAACCAGCCCGUAAGUUUUGUGAUGCUCUGAUUAACUGAAAAAAAUUUUCAGUUUAGUUUCCUUCAUGUCAUUGUUAGGGGCACCACUAAGAGUGACACCAUUAAUUUUGCUUAAUACAAUUAUUUUCAAUGAUUGUUUUUUGUUUAUUAUUAUUCUCAACUGAAUAAAUCUACUCUAAUGAAAGGUUGGAUUUCUAAAAAAAAAAAAACAUUUAGUGUAAAAUUAUGCUGCUGCUGCAAUAAAAGAAGAAAUUGAUAAAUUUGUUAAUAUAUUUUACCAUGGGUGUUAACAAUCAUGGAGAACUCACAUUUGUAAAAUACUAUCUUAGAAAUAAUGACAUUUGCUAAGGUUCCUAAUUUUUCUUUAGGUAUUUUAAUCACCUACUAAAUACAUUUUAUUUGCCAUAUUAUAUUUUAUUUAGUCAAAGUUAUUAAAGGUGAAAAUAAUUAUUUUAUUCUUUUUUUUUAUAUUUUUGCAAACUUUGUAAAUAAAAGGUGUUCACGUGGAAUUGUAAGUGUGUCGAUAAAGGAAAUAAACAACGUGAACCGAGAAAA